AUGCCUUCUAGUUUACCGAAGGAACCAUCAAAAAUUAUAACUGAACUGAGUAAUGCCGAGCAAAAUUUUCUUGAAAAUUUUGGUAAAAAAAUUCUAGAUACAAUUCGUGAAAAACCAGAUAUUGAAGAUCUAAAAAUUAAAGAUGGUAAACUUCAACUAAUCGGUAAAAACUUAAUAAGUACUAAUAUAGAAUCUUAUUUAAAACAAGUACUUCAUGAACGAAGAAUAACGAUAUCUUUCAGUAUGAAGAAAUACUUAGAGUUACAAUGCAAAGGGCAUUUAUUAAAAAAAUUCCGAGAAAAAUAUCGUGUAGGAAUUUCGUAUCGUAACUCAAUAGAAAACGCUUCUUUAACAACCAAUGAUAUGAUUAAAUUAAAAAAUCGUACUGGUAACUAUAAUCAAAAUGAACAAGAAAAACAAUUCGAUAAUGAUUAUAAUAUGGAGCAAUCUGAAGACGAAAGCGACGAUUUUACUGACAACCAAAGUGAUAUAUCUAAUACAUCAUCAAAUAUUACAAGUAUUUCAGGUAAAUCUCAGCGUCGUCAUCCUUGCGUUCAACAAAACAUAGAAGUAAUCUUAUGUACUGAUUCUGAAGAUUUAAUAUCUAACGCUAUACAAGAAUUAGGAAACUAUACUUUUGACAUUCGGUCAUUGGCAUUAACACAAGAAGAGGUUACAUACAUUUUAAAGCAAUUACAACAACCAAAUAGAUUUCCACAAAAAAAUAAUAAAUUUCAAAGUAAAACUUUACAGAUUAAACGUUAUAUCGAUAGUCUUACUCGAUCUGGUGUAAAUUCCAUUGUAACAAAUUUUAUAAAAUAUAAAAAUGGUUUAUACUUUAUAAAAGUGAAAGGAUUCAAGGACCAUGUAAACAAUGCUGUUUCUAAAAUAAAAAAUUAUUUAAAUGAUCAUGUUGAUACCGAAGUUCAACUAUCUAUUUCACAAGCUAUGGCAGUGUAUCUUCGAACAAAAGGUUCUUUCGAUCUUAGAAAAUUGGAGAAAACUCAUUCUGUAGAGAUAAAAAUAUUUUCACCACCAUUUGCCAGCCGUACGAAUGAUGAACAAAAUGAUAAGAAUGAUUGCAUAAAACUUACUGGUUCUGAAUCACGUAUUCGUACAGCUCAAAUAAAUGUUGACAAUUUUCUUGAACGUUUAUCCGAACAAGAAAAACAAUUUUCAUGUGAUAGUUGGGAUGCUGCAAAGUUCAUCUCACAAAUUCUUCGUGAAAAAUUAAAAAAAAUGCUAGAUUCAGAUGAUUGUGAAGCAACAGGAUGGAUUAAAGUUUAUACACCAGCUGAAAAAAGAGAAAUAACACCAAAACUUACUAUUACCAUAGUUGGUUUCAAUGAAGAAACAGUUGCUGAUGUCGUUGAACAAUGUCAAGAUAUCGUUGGAGGAUAUAUUAUUUGGAAACCAUCUGUUGAUGAAUAUUGUACAAUAUCUAAUGCAUUUUUUAGAACAAAAUCAUUGUCACUUGAAGAAUUUGGACGACAAUGGAAUACUGAUAUACAAAUGGAUCGAGUUACAAGUACGAUUACCAUUGCUGCACAAUCAAAAAUGAUCGCAGAAGAUAUUAAAGAAGCGUUACUAACCUUGGGAGAAGAGAAUAAACCUCGAGUAAAUCGUAUUUCUGAAUUUAUUAGUAUUCAACCAAGAAUUCGUCGUUUUGUUAAUCAAGCUAUUGCUUCUUUGAUCGAAGAAGCAAGAUAUCAAAAAAUUUUCGUAGACUCAAAAAAUCUUAAAGGAGUAACAUUACAUGGUCGUUCCGAUAUCGUCAUUGUUUUAAAAGAAAAGAUCAAUACUAUUAUCAAGGAUAUUACCCAAAAAAUUAUUAAACAUCAUUUACAAUUAUUAACAAUCGAAUCAGAUUUAAUGCGAGCCAAUUCAUAUGAAUUAACAACACGUAUUGAACGUGAAACAAAUACUUCGAUUCGAGAUGUUAAGAUAGACAUGAAUAAAUCUGCAUCAAACACGAAUGAUAAUAAUAUUAAUACAAUUCUAACUACUGUUAGCAAUAGUCGUAAUCAAACAAUUGUCGUUGAAAAAGGUGAUAUUACAAAAGUAAAAAAUAUCAAUGCUAUCAUCAUAAAUGCAACAAGUGGAUCAUUACAAGACGCAGGUGGUAUAGAUAAAGCUAUUGUUAAUGCUGCUGGUACUGCAUUAGUUGAAGAAUAUAAAAAAAUAAUUGCUAAAAAUAAUGGUUUACCUAUUUCUCCAGGUAAAGCAGUUAAAACAACAGCCGGUAAUCUUCCAUUUACAUCUAUUAUUCAUGCAAUUGGUCCUCAAUACAUUGAUGGUAAUCAACAAGAACGUUCAUUAUUAUUCUCCAGUAUUUUAUCAAGUUUACAACUUGCUGAAAAUGAAUGUUAUACAAGUGUUGCUUUAGCUGCUAUUAGUUCGAAAACGUCUGAUUUUCCAUUGACAGAUUAUAUAAAUAUUGUAGUUCGUACUGUGAAACAAUUCUUUGCUGAUAAUCCACAGUCGAAAUUGAAAAAAAUGAUUCUAUUAGAUAUAGAUGAUGCAGUUUGUAAUUCAUUUGCACGUGAAGUUAUCAUCGAUCAUAGAAAUGAAGCUGUAGAUAAUGAUGAUGAUAUUAUGAAUUAUGAAUUAACUCCAUUAAAUGUUAAAUGGUGUUGGCAAGAUGAUGAUGGUGAGAAACCAUAUAAUGAUCAUUAUAUACGUAAAAUUGAAACUGAAUUUCAACAAUUUAGAAAAAAUUCUACUCAAUCAAAACUACUCGUUCCGGCUAAUAAUUUAAAAAAUGGUACUACUAUUAACUAUAUUCAUUUUUUACCCACUUUGAAACAAUUAUUAACAAUCGAGCCAAGUUUACUAAAUGAACGUCUUGUCUGUGGACAUCAAAAAAAUGAAAAUACAAAUUUUUCACGAAAUAUUAUUCGAUAUCCAAUUGUACCAAAGAUUGAAACGAAAACUGUUAUCCAUUCUCAUAAACCAUUGGAUCUAUAUAGUAUACAAAUGGUAACAACGGAAGAUGAUUGGGAUAUUAUUGGUAUUAAUAGUGCUGCAAUAACUCAAGCUAAAAAUGCAAUUCGAAAAGCGAUUGAUUCUGCUAAUAUUUCAGAACCAUAUUCUAUCAGUUUGGGUAGAGACAUUGCUAUACAUAAAGAAAAAAUUAAAUCUAUUGCAACUCAACAUUAUAUUCAAAUUAAUUUUCAUGAAGAGAAGUCAGGACAACUAUCAAUGAUAUUGAAAGGUUUGAAACCAAAUGUACAAGAAGCAAAAUUAAAAAUUACUUUAUAUGCUCAUGAUAUCUUGAAAAUGCAAAUAAAUAAUAAUAAUAAUGAAUUGGGUACACCUAAAGAAUGGGGUGAACAGAAAGAAGAUGUGAAAUUAGUUGAAAUACCUACGAGUGAUCCUAAUUUUACUCGUAUUGAAAAGCGUAUGAAAGAAACAAUGAGUAAUAUAAAAAUCCAUAAAAUUCAACGAGUACAAAAUAUACGUAUGUGGAGUCAUUAUGCAUUUCGUCGUCGAGAACUUAAAAAGGACGUAUAUGCUAUACCUAAUUUACAGAUUGAGAUGGAAUUAUUUCAUGGAACAAAAGCGACACCUCCUAGUGAAAUUUACAAUGGUGAAUUUGGCUUUGAUAUGACAUUUAGUACAAGUGGUAUGUGGGGUAUUGGUACUUAUUUUGCUAAAAAUGCUUCAUACUCAUGUAAUAGCUAUUAUUCUCAAUUGCCAGAUGGUAAACGUCAAGUAUUUUUAGCACAAGUUUUAACUGGAGACGUCUAUAAUUGUAAAAGUGAUUCAACAAUGCGUCGAGCUCCGAAAAAAAAUGAAGGUGUUUCUGGUCUACGAUAUAAUAGCGUGUCAGGUGAUACAGGAGGCAGUAAAGUUUAUAUUGUCUAUGAAAAUCGUGUGGCUUAUCCAACCUAUCUGAUUACAUUUACUAAUUAA